GAUGUCUGGCUGUCUGUUUCUUCACUGACUUUUCUCUUACAUUUAAUAUCAGUACGUACAUAUUUGCAAUGGCAGACCCACUGAUCUAUAUACUUGUCACUUUUACUGCUAAAAGUGGAGAAUUGGGCAUUGGCACAUUGGAGGCCAUAGCAGUGCCGAAAGAUUUCCAUGACCAAAGUUUCGAUCAUCAGCUCGAGCAAUUAAAAGGUUUUAUUGGAACAAAAAAAGUUAUUGGAAUCAAUUGGCCUAAGUUUCCCAGCAAUCCUGGUUGGAACCUACCAGUUCAGUCGACUACCAAAUCUAGAUCCCAAGUUCAACAUGAAGUGAGAUCAUGUAAAGUUAUCUCGUUCUCAGAGGACAGAGAUGUGGUGGUGGCAGUACGUGAUGCCAUGGUGCCUCCUAUCAGUGUCAAAAAGGCAGUAGCCAAAAAAUCAACUCCGAAGUCAUCUGCAACUCAGAAACAUGGCACUGGCCAUAAAUCUACCUCUCCACCACGUAACUUGCCAGUUGAAAAGUCAGCAACAGUUAUUAGGAAGACCAUGGGCAUCUCAGAAGAAGACAUGGAAGGGUUAGAUUGCCAUUUGAUCACUGGGGAAAAUGAAGACAAGUCCGAUACAUCUGCUGACAGCAGCCUUGAUCAUGAUGAUAAUCAGCAACGAUUUUUUUCUUCAGAAUCAGAGGACGAAGAUUUGAUUCCUCCUACUCCACCUCCGCCUCCAAUGAAGAGAAAACGAGGCGAUCAGUCUUUCAAAUCAUCGAGCGACACCAAAUCUAAGAGAAAUUCAAGUCACAACAAGGAAAAUUCAUCUGUCACACCAAAAAGAAACGAAAAGUCAUCAGCAAAGAAUUCUGAUCCUCAGAUUCUUACUUCUUUGGACGUCAACAUAGUUGAC